AUGAUUGUGGGUGGUUACACUCUUACUGUGGCUCUGAAGCAGUGUGGCCGGCGAGGCGGGCAACCCGCAGCCCCCAGCGUGCCCUGCGCCCACUUCCGGCCAGGCCGCGCCAGCGCCCCACUGGACUACAAUUCCCGGCAGGCCGAGCGCAUGGGUGCGUUCCGGGGCUGUGCCGGGCGUGGUCCCGCAGGGGCAGCGCGGUGCAUUGGGAGCUGGCUCUUACGCCCUACUUUUGUUUUCCCCAGGUGCACGGAUAAAGCUGCUGGCAAAGAUCCCAAAGAAGAGAAGGAGGAGGAGGAGGUUUCCCCUGCCCUCAGCCAGGGCUCUCCAGUCAGCACAGCCCGGCCCAGCAGGAGCUGGCGCAGCAGCAGGUCGGCCACUGCCGCCCGCCAGCGUGAAGCCGAGAACUCGCGUGCCUCCAGGUCCAAGACUGGCUCCCUGCAGCUCGUCUGCAAGUCGGAACCAAACGCCGACCAGCUGGAAUACGAGGUCACAGAAGAGCAUCAGUCUCCAGCUGGAAUCAGUGAUGAUGAGGAGGAGAUCCUUGCCAGUGAGGAAGAAGUUCCCUUCAAAGAUGAUCCAAGAGAUGAAACCUACAAGCCCCAUCUCGAAAAGGAAGCUCCAAAGCAAAGGAGAAAAGCUGGCAAGGGAAAAGAAGAAAAAGAGAAACAGAAGGAAAUUAAAGUAGAGGUAAAAGAAGAGAGUGAGUUUCGGGAAGAUGAAGAACCACCAAGGAAGAGAGGACGGAGAAGAAAAGAUGACAAGAGCCCGAGAUUGCCCAAGAGAAGGAAGAAGCCUCCAAUACAGUACGUCCGCUGUGAGAUGGAAGGCUGUGGCACAGUCCUGGCCCACCCACGUUACCUGCAGCAUCACAUCAAGUACCAACACUUGCUGAAGAAAAAGUAUGUGUGUCCCCAUCCCUCCUGUGGUCGACUCUUCCGACUGCAGAAGCAGCUCCUGCGGCAUGCCAAGCACCACACAGAUCAAAGGGACUACAUCUGUGAGUACUGCGCCCGGGCGUUUAAGAGCUCUCAUAACUUGGCAGUGCACCGAAUGAUCCAUACAGGCGAGAAGCCCUUGCAGUGUGAGAUCUGUGGGUUCACAUGCCGGCAGAAAGCUUCCCUCAACUGGCACAUGAAGAAACACGAUGCGGACUCCUUCUACCAGUUCUCCUGCAACAUUUGCGGCAAGAAAUUUGAGAAGAAGGACAGUGUCGUGGCCCAUAAAGCCAAAAGCCACCCAGAAGUGCUUAUUGCUGAAGCACUGGCGGCCAACGCGGGUGCCCUGAUCACCAGCACUGACAUUCUGGGCACUAACCCCGAGGCCAUCGCGCCACCCACCGAUGGCCAGGGCCUCCCUCUUCUUCCCGACCCCCUGGGCAGCACUGCCCCAACUGAUUGCCUGCUGCUGAACCCCGAUGGGAUGCCGAAGACGUACUGCGGCGGGACGGAGCGUGUGAGCCUGGUGGCUGAUGGCAAGCUCUUUGUAGGCAGCGGCAGCAGCGCAAACCCUGAAGGGCUGGUGAUGAACACAGAGAUCCUGGGAGCCACCACGGAGGUGCUCAUCGAAGAUUCAGACUCCACUGGACCCUAGUGGGUGGGGAGCAUGUGGGUGCUGGGACUGUUUGGACUCUAUUUAAAAGGAAAAAAAGAAAAAUGGAGACACAUUGAAAGAGAGAAAAGUUAAACAAAACUUAAAAUACUAGUAAGUAACCGAAGGGUCUGCUCCCCUCAGCGUGGAUCACAGCACAUCCUCUUUCUCCCAACCACUUCUGUCUCCCACUGCUCCUUUGCAGAAAAGGGGCGCGCUGCCAUUACCAGAGCAAGUCGGACUGAGUGACAGAUUUCUCUGAGGGAGUGGGAAGGCUGAAACCCUUCGCUCUACCCUGAAGUAGAUGCCUUUCUGGCUCUUUGACCUGGCUCUGUUUGUAAGCUAGGAAGCAUUUGUUGUGCUCUGGACAAGUUUCUUAGGACUCCCUUUUUGCCCCGUGGUCCCACUUCUAUGCAUUUCUGCAACUAGUCCUCGCAGUCUCACUCUUCAUCCCGGGGCUGGGAGUUUGGCUCGGCACUUUAGGCCCUCUCGGCGGGGCAGGCUGCGAAGGAGUCCCUGUCCCCCGCCACACUCGGCCCCAUCCCUGGCAGGAAGCAGAGGGAACGCCCUGGCUCAUAGAUCAUGUUUGCUUGGAGAGGCCCGGGGGCUACGGGAGCCCUGCGUGGGAGAGGCAAGGAGGAGCAUCCCGGUUUGACGACAGUAAUUUGCACUUUGAACAUGUUUCGUUUUUGUGUUGUGGUAACGAGAUUCCUUAUUUAUUGAUAAAAGGGUCGGUAUUUUUUAGUUACGUUCUUGGCGGGUGGGGUGGCAGGGGUUCAGGCUGCUUCCCAGUAGGCUCCUUCCCACCAGAGAGCCGUAGGGAGUGUGCAUGCCAUGUAACAGCAGCUUGGAGAGCUGGGGUGAAAGCAGCGUGCUGCAGUCAGACCUCAUGGCUUUCCAGAGCAGAGGGAGAGCCCCAGAGAAGAGCAGUGGAGUCCUUGCGGCAGCAUUUUAGCAGGAGGAUGAGGUGAGUGAUGGCACAACCGCCUCUCGUCUCCCUCCCUCUCAGCUCAGCUCUUUUUGCUCCCCUUACUCCCUUGCCUUGCCGGGAAGGACAGCAUUAGUCAGGAUACUUGUUCUCAUGGCCCAGGACAGUGAUGCUCUUCUGCAGAGAUUGAGUAUGGUUGUAUUGAGCUCAUCUAUCCAAGGCAGUGGGCUGAUGCGGGAGUAGAGGCUGUCAGUUUGUCCAUGCCUCUGUAAUGGGUUGUGCUGUGCUGAGCCCCUCACUUGUGCUCAGCCAUCUCUGCUCCCUGGGGUGGUUUGGUCACUGCCUGCUGGUGUGUUAGGACAGCUCAGAGCCUGUGGAGAAUUUACAUAGGAAAUGAUGUCUGGUCUUUAGGCUCGGAUCUUUUUUCUCUGUUAUCUGAAGCUGUGUGUGGAGACUAGGUGGCCUUGAAUUCUUUGUGUGUUUGGAAGGGGUGCCCAAUAACCUGGGCUUUCUGUCAGUUUACUUGUUUUCUCAGUUGUGUUUAUGUGCUGGGAACAGAGCUGAAGUGCUUUGUCCAAGCCUGAGGUCAGCAGAACCGGUCUGUAACAGCAGCCAGGCAAAGUCAAGUAUCUGGGGUCUGGAGAUCAGCAAUAAAACAUGGAAUUGAAUUGGAAAAUUUUUACAGGAAACUGA